AUGUCCGACGAUUCCUUGAUUGCCUCUCUCGACCCUGCGGCGUGGGCGUCGCUGCGGGGAAAGGAGUGCGGGUGGGGGCGGCUUGACGUCCAGAAGACCGCCGCGGCGCUGGUGGAGCAGCCCCCCGCUGGUGUCAUCGAGAAGGUGAAGGCGGGCGUGGAGUGGAAAGGCCAGCAGCUCAUUUCAUUGAAGGAUGAGCCGGACGUGAAGGCAGUCGUCCAGAACGCGGUGUGGCUUACAGCCUUCCUCCAAGCAUAUGACGCCCGGGUCGCGCCAGUCUACUGCAUCGCGGACGUCUUGUUGUGGAUCGACGAGCACAACUGCAGCGGGAAGUUGCUGAACGCCACGCUUCAUAAAUCAAAGGAGGUGAUCGCCUUGCAACAGGCUGGGGAAGUAAAGAAACUCAUCAGCUACCUGCGGUACCUCUGGAGGGCGUCGGCGAAAUCCAGGAACAGGACGGUGCAGAUCCUCGCCAAGAAGCCGAAGCCCGCGGUCGCGGGCGCUCCGGCCGCCGCCCUCGAGGACGCUCCGGUCGAGGCAGGCGAGACCUGCGACGAUGCCAUGAACGACCUCGAUCAGACCGCGCUGUGUGACCUUCCCGACGACGAUGCCAUGAACGACCUCGAGACCGCGCUGCGUGACCUUCCCGACUCCGUGGAGGCGUUCAUCGAGAUGUUCGCCUGCGAGCCCGAGGAGACGGAUGGCGUCGAGGCGACUUUGCAGAGCGACGGCGGUCAGAGCGUCAACACGGACGAUGACACCUUGUUCAUGGGUGCGAUGUCGGCCAUGGGGUUGCAUGACCUGGGGGUCGAGCCGCUGGGCCUCAACUGCCAGACGGCGGAAGAGACGGCCGCCGCCAUCGAGGGCGCCCCGUGCGCGAAGAAGCCGAAGUACGCGGACGACGUCAUGGAGUUCGUGAGCGGCCUGCCGCUCCCGAGCGUGGACCCCCUCGAGCCCAAGAGGGAGCUCCGGAAGCAGAGGCUCCAGAAGAAUAUCGACAAGGCCAAU